CAAGCGGUUUUGAAUUUUGAAGUGCUUCAUUUCUUCGUUACUUCACCACUCACAACACGUUCUAAUCCACGACGUUAAAACCAACCCAAAAAACAAAAACAAUCAUUGGUAAAACAAACAAGACAACCUCGACGUCUUCACUACAGGCUGGUUUCGACACUGCUUCUCUUUCUCGGAGGAGCCACGCAAUUUACACUAAUACCCUCAAACCACCUUCGCAAUCACUCCAUCACAUAGGGACACAAUAGUCAUUCCAUCUCCAAACCACCACCCCAAACCCACCGGAAAAUGCUCUUCAUUCUCUUCUUCCUAAAUCCCUAACCCUAACACCAUCGAAACCCUAAAUCCCCAAUUCUUCGAUCUCAGAGAAUCUCGAAUCGCGCAUAGAGAGAGAGAGAGGGGUUUGAAGAAUGGGCGAUUUCAAUCUCGCACUGGUGAUCGUUGCGAUCGUGGUGUGCGUGAUCGUGUUCCUCUUCAAUGUCUACCUGCUCGUGAACUAUCAGCACCCAGAUGAUGUGAACCAGGCUUACUUUCCCAAAUUCGUCGUCGUUUUGGGACUCUCCGUCGCCGCUAUUUCCAUUCUCAUGCUUCCGGCGGAUGUCGCUAACCGUCAGGCCUGUCGCCACGCGAUUUACAACGGCGCGUGUAACCUCACGCUCCCAAUGAAGGACCUCUGGCUUGCCAUCUACAUUCUUGACGCGGUUCUCGUCUUCUUCGUCAUCCCCUUUGCCAUGUUCUUCUAUGAAGGAGACCAGGAUAAGAGUGUUGGUAAGAGGAUUAAGAGCGCUCUGUUGUGGGUGGUGACCACUGCUAUCGUCUGCGCUCUUGUUCUGGGUAUUUUAUACGGGCUUGUUGGUAAGGUGGAUUUUACCGUAAGGCAUCUCUCUUCUUCCACAAGCUCAUUUCCUAGCUCAUGGAACUUCAAUAAUGGUCAACCGUGUAUUGGAAGUGGCACCAAGCAGUGUUCUGCAUACUCUGCUAGUCCUUCAUCAGAGAAAACCUGGACCAUGAGAGCUACCUUUCCAGAAUAUGUUGUUGCUCUUGCUACUAUUGUUGGAUCUGUGCUUUUUGCUAUAUUUGGUGGUGUUGGUAUCGCUUGUCUUCCAUUGGGACUUAUAUUUUCAUUUAUUCGGCGUCCAAAGGCUGUAAUCACUCGCUCACAAUAUAUCAAGGAAGCAACUGAACUGGGUAAAAAAGCAAGAGAACUGAAGAAAGCAGCUGAGUCCCUUCAUCAGGAAGAAAGAGGUGGUGCAAAGGGUAGAAAGUUCCGUAAAAAUGUGAAAUCAGUAGAAAAGGAGUUGUUUCAAUUAGAAGAAGAUGUAAAGCUUCUUGAGGAGAUGUAUCCACAAGGAGAAAAGGCUGAGACAACAUGGGCACUAACAGUUCUUGGGUAUCUGGCAAAAUUUGUUUUAGGAAUUUUAGGGUUUAUUGUUUCUGUGGCAUGGGUUGCUCAUAUCAUUAUCUAUCUGUUAAUUGAUCCUCCACUUUCGCCUUUCCUGAAUGAAGUUUUCAUCAAGCUGGAUGAUAUCUGGGGUCUUCUGGGUACAGCUGCAUUUGCGUUUUUCUGCUUCUACCUUCUCCUUGCUGUGAUUGCUGGUGCCAUGAUGCUUGGGCUGAGACUAGUCUUCAUUACUAUACAUCCCAUGAAGUGGGGUGGGACUCUCAUGAACUCUUUUCUGUUCAACGUGGGGCUUAUCCUUCUUUGUUCCAUUAGUGUAAUCCAGUUCUGCUCCACGGCAUUUGCCUACUAUGCUCAAGCAACUGCUGCACAGGAAAUAUUUGGCCACACCUUGGAGUCUCUUCGUGGAAUUAAAUAUUUGUACAAGUACAACGUAUUUCAGAUCGCAUUUGUUGUUUUGGCUGGAUUGACUUUUGUAUAUUAUGCUGCCUUUGGAUGGAGAAGAAAGAAGCCUAGUGGCAGGUUCCAAUUGUCUACAUGAGGUAUGCUUUAUAGCAUGAAAGAGUGUGUCCUCAGAUCGGGAAUUCUUCGUCGCAUCUUCUCAUUUGGAGUUGCUUUUAUAUUCGGAUGUGUUUUGGCCUAGUUUUGUUAUGUCGAAAGCUAUAGAGUUGCUGAUCAUCAUCCGAAUAGAGUCAUUUUCCUGCGGUUUAAUCGUUAGGUUGGUGCUUGUGCUGUCACUUAGGUCGUUGAUUCUUUCCUCACCCCUUGUAUGUAUUAUUCCUUGGUUUAAUUUGUGUUUCACAUUCUUCUGAUUAUGUAAUUGAAUCACGUGUACAACAAGACUACUGGGUUUCUCUUGGGCCCUUCGAUGUAUUGUAACCCUUACCACACAGAAAGUUGUACGAGUUGGCUUUUUUAUAA